UCUAUGGAAAUUGUAUACAAAAGGGCUGUGCAAUGCAUUUAAAAAUAACUUCAACCCUUUGAAUGCCCUCGUACUUGAUGUCUAACACAAAUUGCACCAAUAAUACAAAGCCUUUAUUGUAAUUAAUUGGAAAAUACAGAAUGAAGUAGGGUCCAAACGUUGCAUUAAAAACUAUUCAUAAUUCGUAUUUCGUCGGCAAGCAUAUCAUCUCGAUAACGAUCAGAUCAAUACAUCUAGUGUUAAUCGUAUUGAAUUUAUAAUGAGGGACUCGAUGCAAGUUGAUAAACCAAUUAUUGAACCUUUAUCAGGAACAGACUUUUUGUCGUCAACAAAUUUCCAAGUAGCACAGGAUACAACAGAAACCAGAAAAGGCCUGGGAAGUAUUUUUAAAACUGAUUAUCCCCCUUACAAUCAUUAUGGAAGAGAUGCACAGGCAGAAAGACCAGUCUUGGCAGAAGUUAUGCAUAGAGAUCAAUCAUAUUUCAAGGGUGAUCAAUCUGAAAGUACUAAAGCCUAUGAAUAUCGUUACUUAAAAAAACCUGUUGUAACAGACUCUUACCAAACUUUGAGAGCAACAAAUUUCAAGACUGAUAGAGAUUUAAACAAGGUGGAUGUUUUUGGAACUAUGCAUAAUCAUUACUUUAUCCCUAAAGUCAAUAACGAUUAUCAGCGUAUUGGACCUGCCACAAAUACUCACCAAAGUCAUAUACCAAAUGGAGAUCCUGACAAAAUUACUCAACCAUGGUCUGACUAUAAUGAUAAGUUCAGAGGUCAUGACACAUCUGUGGUUAAAGUUUUCAGAGCACCCUCAAUGCACGAAGGAGGUCCACCAACAGUAAAAGGAGAUGAAAGAUUGUCAAAUUUCAACACGACGCACAAUUUGAUGUUCCCUGAUAAAUCCCAGCCAAGAGUUAAAUCAUUAUCUGCUCCCACUGGUACAAAUGUACCUAAAGGAGAUCCUGAUAAAGUAUUACAGAGAGACACAACAAUGAAAGAAUCAUACAACGACCUUACAAACCAACACAAACACAAUCCUUACUUAAAGUCUGAAGUCAGUGGAGUAUUGCGAAGAACUAAUUUCCAGUCAGAAGAUUGUUACAAAGAAAAUGAUUACUUCAGCACUGCAAUUAGAUCAUAUCAACCUACAUCUGUACCAGUUGACAGAUAUAAGCCAAUUAAACACAGAAAUCACAGUGAUUUUCCACCAGGGGAUAUGGAGAAUAGUAGAGUUCUAGAGAGAGUUAAUACCACCACUGCCAGGGUGUACCAUGGAAAUCCACCAUUGGGAAUCCACAACACUAUAAUAUCUGGUGCUAACCUUCGUACAAAGAGUAAGGUAUCCUUUGGGGAGCCUCAGCUGAACAGAAGUUUUUAUGAUACAACAAACUGUGACACAUUCAAAGGAGUAAAAGUACCAUACACCUACGAUAGAACUAAAUUCCACAAGGAGAGUAGCAUCCCUGUCAAUUACUAUAGUAAAGAAGAAAAAGACCAUUCCUCCUCCUUCACAGACUACAGAGAUCCAGUACAGGCUAAGAUGAUUCCCCACAACACGGCACUUAAUAAUUUGAAGAUGUCACAUAUAUUACCUCCCCUGAGUGGACCACAACGCCACAACACAACACAUCAGGUAAUGUUUACACCAAAAGAAUCUGAAAAGUAUUCCUAUGAUUCUGGUAGAUUACAACGCAGUUCUGUUCCUCUGGGUACAAUGACUUGUCAAUGAUUCCUGGCGUAGAUUACAGCAAAGAUCUGCUUCGCCUGGUACAAAGUCCUGUCUUGAUUCUACCGAUAAUCUUCAUUUUUUGCUUAUAGUGAGAAACAGUUGAUUGCUUUAAGGAUGAGAUAUGUUUUGAAAUUUAUAUGAAAUCAUUAUCUGUACAUGUAAAAUUAAGACAGAUAAACUUGUUUAUGCAUAUUUCUUGCUGUGUAUAUCAUUGUUAAACAAUUACCGUGAAAUCAAUUUUCUUGCCAGUGAUCAGUUAUAUUUUCAUUAAGUCCGGAGCUGUUUUAAAAAAUGAAAGAAGAAGGUGAAAUCAAAAUUUUUCAGAUGAAGUAUUGGUCAAAUCUACGGUCAAGUCAUCUGAAGCGAGUGUUGGAAAAUGUCUAGAAAUCUUUGUUUAAAAUUUAAAUUGAACUGACCACCUGACAAGGAAAAUUUGUUUACCGUUACAUAUGAAUGGUUUCUGUUGUAUUAAGAAUUUUUUUUUCACAAGAAUUAUCAUAUAAAUUAAAAUUUACAUUAAAGAUGUAGCGAUAGCUAAAAAUGUUUUUUUACGAUUCUGAAUUUAUUCCAUUGCUUAUCUAAACACUUUUUUAGUUCAGGGCAUUGUUGUAAUGUUAAGUUUGUGAAAUUUUAUUCUUUGUUGUUUAUAAAAAAAAUAAUGUAUUAUCAUAAUAUAACUUGGACAAUUUUUACCUGAUUAUUUGAAUGAACCAUCCAGUAGACAUUUACGGAUAACAAGUUUUAUUUUAGGGAAAGUUAAAAAUGAUUACAUUUCCCUAUAUAGAUUGUUACAAAUAGUAAUUUUCAUGAAUAUUCCCCAUAAAGUUCUUUUUGAGAAUUAGAUGUGAUAUUGUAUAUAAUUAGUAACAACUUUUUUACUUUAGCUCUGAGUUUAUUGACUUAAAAAAAACUUUUUAUUGACAAAUUUCUAUUUUGUUUUUCUAUUGCUUGUUGAAUAAUACUUUGUAAUAACAAAAUCUUGCCAUGAGAGAUAUUUUUAUUUUAUUUUUUAAGACUAAAUAAUAUAGUUAGGAAUGUCUUGUUAAAAUGAUCUUGUAGAUAAUUGAGAAAAAAGGUGAUUGUUGAAAGGGAAAUAAGUGAUUAGACAAUUGUGUGGCCUAUUUAAUUCAAGCAUCAAUCAAUCAUGAAACAUUGAUAUACAAGAUACAUCAUGUGUCAGUAAUUUGCUCAAAUAUUGUCUUACAUAGUUUUUAUGUCUCUAAACUUCUUUAAUUUAAAGGGAAAUUGUCUCAUUUUGAGAUCUUUCUAAUGUACAAAAGCCUUACCCCAAAAACAAGUUUUAUCAUAGGAAGUCAAAGAUGUUAAUGUGAGUCAGACAUCUUUUGAGUUGAGGUUAAAUUUUUGGUCAGAAAUGUCAAUUUUGACAUGAUUAUAAUGUCAUUGGUAUUAGAAUUGACAUUUCUGCACUUUAAUAACCUGACAGUAUCAUCCUAUCAAUUUGUCAAUUCAAUUAACAGCAUUUUAAAAAAUUGAAAAAUUAAUUAUGGCUGCAAUUUUUUAGGGACCAAAUAGUGGUCUUAUUCUUCCUUUUAAAGAAAAGAAGCCAAAUGUAUAUAGUGCUAAAGGAAAUUACACAAUUGUAUCUUUAUUUGAGAUUUUUCAUUUAAGAGGAAAAUGAAAAAAAAGGAAUUUGUUAAACUUGCUCCAGCUCAACUUUAUUCCAUUACAUUGCUCAUUUUGCCAUAAAAUUUUAAUUACUUUGUCAGAGGAAAAUAAUUUUUUUUUUUUUUAAAUUAAGUUUUAUGCAUUUACUGUAAGUAAAAUUGUUUUAGUUUGUUCAAACCCUAAAUUUUUCCUAGUUUUCUUAACUUUUGAUUAUCUACCAUUAAAUUAAAUAUUUUUGUUGUGUUGUAUGCAUUUUAUCAAUAGAAUUUUUGUCUCAUGUUUCAUAGAUAGUUUUCUACAUGUUUUUUUCAACAGAUUCACUGUUGUAAAUCAAUGAUUAUUAAGUGCCAAAUUCUGUACUAUAUUUAGUGUUGGUGUUCUAGGGUUUUGUUUCGGUGGAGGGGUGUUUUACUAAUUUCACUGUCUAAUACUUCAUGCAGUUGAUUUUAUUUUGAACUAAUGAGCACCAAAUUAACUUAUUUUAAUUUGAUAAUUUAUGUUGAUUUAUCAGAUCUUAAAUUAGAACAAAAAUCAGACAGAAAGUAUCAUAAAUUUUAUUGGUAACUAUUUCUGGUUCAGACAGAUUUUUUUUUACCCUUUAUUUCUUUCUCGAUAUAAAUUUAUUUUUUAAGAAAUUGAUGACAGAGAAUUGCAUAUUCUAUCAAAAGAUGAAAAUUUAAUUAAAGUUUGUAAGGAUAAUAUAUAUUAAACCAGUCUGCAGUGAAAGUGUAAUAUAAAAUAUCAGUCUGCAGUGGGAGUGCAGUAUGUUAACCAGUCUGGUAUGGUAAUGUAGCUUGUUAAACUAGUCUGCAGUGGUAGUUUAGUUUAUUAAACCAGUAUGGAGUGGUAGUUUAGUUUGUUAAACCAGUCAUUCUGGAGUGGUAGUUUAGUUUGUUCAACCAGUCAGUCUGCAGUGGCAGUAUAGAUUGUCAAACUAGUCUGGAGGUGUUGUUUUGUUUGUUAAACCAGUCUGCUGUGGUAGUUUAGUUUGUUUGACCAGUCUGCAGUGAUAGUAUAGCUUGUUAAACCAAUCUACAGUUGUAGGGGAGCUGGUUAAACCAGACGACAGUGGAAGUGUUGUAUGUUAAAUAGUCUGCAGUGGUAAAAGUAGUAUGUCAAGUAUUAUGUAGUGGUAUUGGAGUUAGUUAAAAGAUUUCUGCAGUGGUUUUUGGUAAUGGACUAUGAUGUUCGAGUCUGCAGUGAUACUAUAGUAUGAUAGAAGUGUGUAAGAUGAACAAGUUUUUGGUUAGAGUGUGGUACUAUCUGCAGUGGUAGUUUAGUAUGUUAAAUUGGUAUAGAUGUAGUAUAAUCCAUUAUUAUGUGUAAUGAAAAUUUAACAGCAUUUGUGUAUGAUCAAUUAGGAGUUUAAAUAGGAAAAUAACUUUACAAUAUAUUACACGGUAAUUGGUUUGAUAUAGAAUUACUACUAAUAGGCAAAUUUGUUUAUAUUCAUUCAUGUUUGAGUGUUAACUGUGGAGUACAUGUAUAUGGCUAAUUUUCAUUUAUAUAAAACUAUGUUUAUACUCCAAUCAAUUAGACAGAAAUAUUAACAUGAAAAUUAUACAAUAAUAGUUCUAUCUAGAUUAUAACCUUUAAAUUUGAUAUUUGUCAACUAAAUGGAAAUGUGCUCAUAGGCUGCGCAGAGUGGUAAAAUUCACAUUUUUAGGUGGGAACCAUUCCAGGGAACAGCUGGGUUGGCCUUGAAAAAUUCAUGACAGCUGUUUCAGGUAAAUUUGUAUUAGAAGACCAAAAAAAUGUGGAAUAAAUUAUAACACAUAUGCAUACUGCUAGAACCUUACAUUUGUGAAGAAGUUGAAUCAUGUUUUCUAGUUUUAUUUUUUUUUUUUUUCAUUUGAAUUGUUAUUAAAAUGUAUUAUACUUGUACAUAUAGUAUUUAUUAUGUUACAUUGUUGCACAGUAUUAUAAAUUUAUUUUUAUAUCAAAUAUUUAUUACUUUAAUCAAAAUAUAUAAUGGUAAUCAUUUUUAUGCAUUUUGUACUGACUGGUUAUGCAAUUUACGGAAUCAUUUAUAUUAUGUGAAUUUGUGUUCUUCAUUAUUAUGUAUUUUGUAAAUUGUUAUUUUUUUAGUCAGGAAAACCUGCCCGACUCAGAGUUCCUAACCAACAGACUUUUCUCUGUAAAUACUUGAUCAUUAAGGAGAGACACACAAUCUUUUAAACAUAAUGGUGCCAUGGUUGCCCCCACUAGUCCAUUUACUCUUGCCAAGAAACUUCAAUUUAAGUUCUCCUUGAUAUGAAUUAAACACAUUUUAAAUGAAAUGCUCAAAAUCCUAAACAUUUUACAAAAUACAUAAAAUCUCUUGGUGCACAUUAAUAUUGUUUUGCUGUGGUUUGAGGUGCAAUAAUACACAAUUGUGAUUUUUAUAUGUGUUUUAUCAACAUCCCUGUAUCAGUAUUAAGUUUUUUUUAAUUGAUUUUAUCUAAUAUAUUUAUACAUUUUGAUAAUUUUAAUAUAUUAUAAAACAUUAUUUAUUUUUUACAAUCAGUCCUGUGGUGUUCAUUUUACUGGUAGAUUUAUCUGUAUUGAAAGAUUGUCUUUUAAAAGGAGACAUGCUUUUAUGGUGUAAUGAGACUUGCUUUUAUGGUGUAAUGAGACUUGCUUUUACGGUGUAAUGAGACUUGCUUUUACGGUGUAUCUUUUUUAUUGGAAUAUUUAACAGUGAAAAAAUAUUUAUAUAUGUUUUAAAUUUUGAUCUAGGAAGAUUGAAAGCUGUUGUAAAAGUUUAUUUUAUUUCAGAUUUCUUAUUGAUUUUAAAUUAAUUUGGAGUGUGGAAAAAUGCAAGUGAUUUUAUAAUGGAGUUUAUUUUAAUACAGAAGGCAUUGUAAGUUUUUAAAAGAUAAUAAAAUCAUAGAGGUUUGUAAGUUUAUAUUUAACUGAUUUUGAGUGUUUGAUGUCUUGUUUUGAAAUAAAAUUGUUUUUACUGUUUUAAA